GCAAAGGGAACGCAGAUUUGUUGUCCCCCCUCUCCCUGGGUCCAGAGUUUUGUUUUGCUUGUUAAAAAGCGCAGAUCUCUGGAGUCAUGGCCGAAAAGAUCCAGCAGCUCGAGUCUGUCGUGAUUCGCAGCCUCAGACGAUUCAGAGACCGAUAUUUUCCAGAUAAAGUUGUCAAAGAUGAAUUGACAGCCGGUGCUGACACGGACACAGAAGAGCAACAGUGGGGAUUUCUGGACAGCUUGCCGGUGGACGUACAGUUCCUGAUCAUGACCUUUCUGUCUCCUGCGAAUAUCUGCGUCCUGGGAGCCACCAGUCGGUACUGGAGAGCCAUGGUUAGAGAUCCAUUACUGUGGAGAUACUUCCUGUUCCGGGACAUGCCCACCUGGCCCUCCAUCGAUCAUUUGUCCAUGCCCGACCUGAAGCUGCUGGAUGCACCUCUGAUCAGUGAAGAUGAUAGCCUGGACAACAGAGCAGAGGGAGAAGAGAAAGGGACAACACUGAAAUUUGACUACAUGUCAGAAUACCUGAAAGGCUGCCCAUCCUGCAGGCAGCAAUGGCUUCCCACGCGGCCCACGUAUCAGGUCGUGACGUCUUUCCUUCAGUCUCUGGUGCCGUCGUCUGAACCUCGCUAUGCCAUGUUCGGCCCUGGCAUGGAGCAGCUGGAUGUCUCUUUAGUCACGAGGCUCAUGCACGCCCCAGAUGUGCUUCCCGUGUCAGGCACUCCGCAAAGACAGAUAAAUGGCAUUGGCUCAGGGAUCAGUUACAUGUUCAACAACCAACACAAAUUCAACGUCCUGACUCUGUAUUCGACGAACAGAGCAGAGAGGGAAAGAGCCAGAGUGCAGCAGCAGAGCAUCAACAAUAAACUCUUUACUUUAGAAGGAACUGAUGACUCAGGCCGCCCGGUGUACACCCCUGCAGCUCAGGUUCAGCAAGCGUGCCAGGUGGUGGAUGGUUUCAUCUACGUUGCCAAUGCAGAGGCUGGGAAAGGUGAAAUAACAGGCGAAGGGCCGUCUGAGGUGGCCCAGAUUCGGGCUGUGCUCAGCUGCGCUGGAGGUUCCACAUCCAAGCCUCUAUUGGUGCUCUCCUGUGUCUCCAGAGAGCAACCGGAGGCAACUGCGACCGCCGGCCAGCAAAAUACAGACAGAGCCAGGGCCAGGUAUCGAACUCCCUGCGUGUACAUGGCAAAGAGGCUCGGCCUGCCUCACCUGUCUAACCGCUGGAUGGUGCAGGAUACAGUGGCAGAGUCCCUGUCAGGUCUCCUGGAUGGCAUCUCCUGGUUGUUAAGAUGUUCUGGAGUCAAAGUCUAUGGCAGCCAGGUCCCUAACGCUGCCGCCAGAUAAACUAAUACCACAGAUCCCCUUGCUGUGUCACGCUGACACAAAUACACACUACAGCAUUUCCUGAGUUAUGGGAACCAUGUGUGCACUGAAUGUCCCAGUGGCUGGAGUGCUGCCCAAGGAAUUAAAUUAAUAGCAGUAGCAAUAGGUGUUCAUCUCGGAGACCUAAUACAGACGCUGUUAUUAUUUACAGAAAGACAUAUAUGAAUAGUGUGCAGUAGGCUAUGAGGUUAUACGAACACCUGGGAGCCUCACAGCAACACUGCAAACGGCCUUUAUUGAUCACUAUUUUCUACAAAGCAGCAGGGCAAAAAAACGCUUGAAUCACUUUUGCCGAUGAAGGACCACAGAAAAGCAGAAACUGAUGACAAGGAGCAAAUAAAAACAAAAUGCGAAAAGCUGCAUAUCAUGAGAUGGCAUGGAGAGGUCCUAACUAGUCAGGUGGCCCAAUGGGUAAAAAUAGGAUUUUUUUUAGGUUUUAUUAGGUUGAUAAUUUUGUGAUGGUAAUGUGUGAAAUGUGCGUUCUGUUUGCCAAGAACAAACCUUGUUCCUUAACUCCUGACCUCUAGAUUUUAUAGGAGGGAGUGUGUACCAACAGCCGUUAUACAAAAAGAUAAACUGCCUUCUGAUUCUGAUUGAUGCUUUUUGCACAUAUAUUGUGAAGACAUGAUUUUUAGAGAUGAGAUAUGAUACAAUCAAUUUCAUUUAUAGACAAUAGAGAAGUUAUUUGUGUUUAUGCAAUGAAGGAGUGCAGAAUUUUGAUGAAUGUUUAAUACUUCCAUGACUUUGAUCAUUUACAUACUGUAUUUGUUGCACAAGCCCUUCCAGUAAUUGCAGAUUUGUUCUCGUGAUGAGGCCCUUUCUAAAUGCCUGUUAAUAGUCAAUAAACUAUAUUUAAUCAUUCGUA